UGAUUGCAAUAAAGGACCUAUUAACGCACUUAAACAUUGAACGUUAAUUUCAGUUCACACGAUGUUGAGAGCCUGACCGUACCGUACUCAACUGUACUUCCGGAACUAAUUAGCUGGGAUCCGUUUCCUCAAGCGACUUAAUUUUCUGAAGGGAGCGUUUAUUUCGUUGCCUUGGUAAUUUGGUGCCUUGGAAGCGAUUACCGAAAAUCAGACAAACCGAUACGUUAGCUUGAUAGCUAGCUAAGUAGAUUUAGAAUGGACGUGAAAGAGCGAAGUAAGUAACUUGACAAAUUGUAAAUCAUAAAAAUAAAGUCGGAUGGCAAUGAUUGCUAUCUAUUGCUGAGCUUGUUAGCCUUUAGUGUGGUAACUUGUUUGCAUGCUAAUUUAAUGUUAGCUUCCAUUAGGCUAGCUAGCUAAUGUGUUGACAUGUUAUCUCAUUGAGAUCCUUUGUAAUUUCUAAUUCUUUGCCAUAUCUAAUGUUAUUGUGCAAUGCCUUAUUUUUUAGAUCUGCUGGGUGAUGGAGAGAACAUCGUUGAAAUGAUGGACUUAGAGGAAGAGAAUUUUGCUGUUUCAAACUCAUCAGAUGCUGAUGCUGCCUUUGAUGCUGUCAUUGGGAGUAUUGAAGACAUCAUCAUGGAGGACGACUUCCAGCACCUGCAACAGAGCUUCAUGGAGAAACACUAUCUGGAGUUUGAUGACUCAGAGGAGAACAAACUCACCUACAUACCCAUCUUCAACGAAUAUAUUGAGAAACUUGAGAAACGCCUCGAGCAGCAGCUGAUGGAGAGGAUUCCCUGUUUCAACAUGAGCACAUUUAACCAUUUACUCAAGCAGCACAAAGAUGAGGUGUCAGGAGACAUCUUCGACAUGUUGCUUACUUUUACAGAUUUUAUGGCCUUCAAGGAAAUGUUAAUUGACUACAGAGCAGAGAGGGAGGGCCGAGGGCUGGACCUCAGUGAUGGCCUAGUCGUGAGGUCUCUCAGCUCUGCAACCUCUAAACCCAUCACCUCCAGAACAACAGAACUGAAAUAACUAAUUAAGAAUCAUCCCCAAACUUACAAACAUACACAUUCAUGUCAAAUAAUGUAGUGUUGCUGGUGACAGAACAUAAGUGUUCAUGUCUUGCCCAUGCUCACCUUUUGUAUUUGAACUGUUGCAGGUUUGCAAUGGGAAUGGUAUCAGUAUAUUUUACGUCUAGCCAUUCUCUGGUGAAGAUGGACACUUUUGUCCUCAUGGCACAAGGUUUUUUUAUUGAAUUUGUGAACUUAAUUACUUUGAGUUUUGUCUGAUUUUUACAUCCGUACACAUGUCUGAAGUUUCUAAAAACAAACAGUAUUUUUAUUACGUCAUGCACUCAGUGAAUGUCACCGGUUUGUGCAUAUUUGCUUAUGUCCCAUUGUCUGUAAAUAAGGGUUUCAAAUAAAGAC